AUGCCCGGAGACGUGCCUGCCUCGCUUGACGGCUGGUGGUGCUCGAAGCAGGACGAGUAUGCCUUCAUGGGCUUCAGCUACGACACGUCAAGCUGCCCAUCUGCCUCCGACCUCGUGCGUGACUUCACGCGGCAGCGCAAAGACUUCAAUGCUCGCUACGUGCGCCUCUACUCGGCAUGCGACCGUGCCGGCUUCAACGACGAUCUCAUCAAUGCCGCGUGGUCGGCUGGCAUCGGCAUCAUGCCGCUCGUCUGGUUCGGCUUCGACGGCAGCACGACGCUGUACAAGACGCGCAUCAACAAGCUCGUCGCGACGAUCAAGCGCAACCCCAAGGCGCCGUAUGUCGUGCGCAGUGUCACCAUCGGCUCCGAGCCGCUCUUCGACUGGGCUAUCGGCGCAAAUGACCUGGCAGCCACCAUCGUCGACGUACGCAAGCAGCUGGCUCCGUACACCGGCAAGGAGAAGAUGCAGAUCACAACGAGCGAGAUGCCCUACGGCUACACGAUCCACGGCGAUGCGCCGCGCGUCUUUGAUACAGUUUCGGUCAUCCAGGGCAACAUCCUGCCCUUCUUCGACGGUGCCGCAUCGACGGCCAAGAAGAGCUGGAACGCCAUCAUGUGGAACUACAACUACCUGAUCGCCAAGGGCAAGGGCAAGAAGAUCUACUUUACGCAGACGGGCUGGCCGUCCAACGGUGAGUCGAGCGGAUCUGCGCCACUGCCGAGGGACGCCAUCGCCAGCGUGACGCAGAUGAAGAACUACUUUGAGCUGCUCGACUCGCAGUGCGCCUUCUUCAAGGCCGGCCCUCAGGGCGGCGUCGGCUGGUUCGCGCACAUCUACUCCGACAACGGCCUGCCCGGCUGGGGCGUGCUCGACUCCCAGCUCCGCCCGAAGUUCGACUUUGAUUGGAAGACGAGCUGCUGAACCAGUGACAUCAGAG